ACAUGAAUGGACAACUAAAGUCUAUUGAUGUGUAACCUCGGGGGGGAAGCUUCAAAUAUGCUGCUCCUCGGCUCCGUACAGUCAACAUCUGGAGAGCCAGUACCAAAAAAAUGGAGGGAGCAUCGAAAAAGCUGCAAUAUUGGAGGCUGUAUGUGCUGUCGCUGGUGCUGGGAAUCGGUGGAUCAUUUCAAUAUGGGAUUCAAGUGUCCGUCAUUGCUUCUCCGGAAGAGCAUGUUCACAGUUUUGUGAACUACACAUGGAUGUUGAGGUACCAAGUUCCCGUGGAGGAAUCAGCCAACAAGCUCAUCUGGUCCUUCAUCGUGGCCGUGUUAAGUCUUGGAGCCUGGACCGGAGCCAUUCACAGCGGCAGCCUUCCCGUCACUUACGGCCGGAAAAAAGCUCUGAUGUUCAACAACGUCGUGGCGAUGGUCGCAGCUGUGCUCAUGCUCUUCAGCCGCAUGGCCAAAUCCUUCGAGAUGAUCUUGCUGGGCAGAUUUCUCUAUGGAUAUAAUGUUGGUCUUGGCCUGAGUGUUCACCUCAUGUAUCUCGGGGAGAGUUCGCCAAAGAAGCUGAGAGGUUUCCUGACCCUCACCGGCUCCAUCUUCAUCGGUUUUGGCAAAGUUAUGGGUCAAAUAAUUGGCAUCAAGGAGAUGAUGGGAACAGAAGACAUGUGGCCUUAUCUCUUGGCUGUUAGUGGCAUUCCUGCCAUCCUGCAGUUUGUGAUGCUGCCGUUCUUCCCCGAGGCUCCGCGAUACCUUUACAUUGACAAAGGAGACACUGAAGGAUGCAGAAGAGCUUUAGAGUGGCUGUGGCAGGAGGACGACCUGAAGCUGGAGCUGGACGACAUGCAGAAAGAGAGAGACAGCUCACAGGGGGAGAAGGCCAAGACUGUGAAGGACGUGUUGAGCUCUCGCUGUGUGAGGUGGCAGCUGCUGACUCUGACCGUCCCCUGUGCUGGGAUUCAGUUCUGCGGCAUCAAUGCACUCUACUUCUACGCCUUUGACAUCUUCCGUGAGUCAGGAGUGCCCAAGGACCAGGGACAUUACUUGGCCGUAGGUCUUGGAGCGACGGAGCUCAUUGCUGUCACUCUGUGUUCUUUCCUCAUAGAUCGUGCUGGAAGAAAGAAGUUAAUGGGUUAUGGAUAUUUACUGAUGGGCAUCACGAUGUCUCUGCUGACUGUGAUGCUCUCCAUCAAGGACCUGAGCCCGUGGAUCCCGUACGUGAACAUCGCCCUCAUCUUCUGUGUCAUCCUCAUUUAUGGACUCGGACCCUCUGGAGUGUCUAUGGCUCUUCCUGCUGAUCUCUUCCUACAAGCCUGGCGUCCCUCUGCUUAUGUGAUCAGUGGAACAGUCAACUGGCUCAGCAUGUUUGUCGUGGGAAUGUUAUUCGGCUACAUAGUGGAUGGACUCGGCCAGUUCUGCUUUCUGAUUUUCGUGGCUUACUCCAUUUUCAGCGCAGGAUUCAUGAUUUAUUUUGUCCCAGAGACGAAAGGAAAGACGAUGGUUGGGAUUAUGGAAGAGUUUAACAAACUGAAUUACAAGAACAGCAUAAGUGACGUCGAAACAGAUGACAUUCCUCUUGCCACGAAACUUUAAUUUCUUUUAUUUGCUCAUCUUUAUAAUCAUUUCUAUUGUUUCUCCCCCUUACUGACAUGUAAUCGAAAAAUAUCCACUGACACAGCAACGUUAAACCUUUAGUGAAUGCAAGUAUGAGCAGUAUUAUAUGCAUACAAGUUUUGUUUACAAAAAAGACGAUACACAGUGCUUAACAAAGGUUUAGAAAAACUUUUUUAAAACUAAAAAUAUAUUUAUUUGGCAAAUAACAAACUGAAUUCACCUUUUUUAUACCCAAAUUUAAGUCACCUCACAGGGUUUCUUCUCUGACAUUAAUCAAACAUAACUUUAAACUCACUCAAACUACAUUUUCUGUUCAGGAAUGCAAGUAAAUAACAUAACAUAAUAAUAAUUUCACAUCUUAAUCAAUAAGAAAUAAUAACGUGCUCUACUCUUAUUUUUAAAAGUGAGCUUCUACAUACUGGUGUA